UGUAACUGUUAUAAAAUAUUUAUAUGUUUGAAACAGGAAAGAAAGUGUCUGAACCACACAUGAGCCGUGUUGUUUAAACUGAUAAAGUCAAACAGAAUGGAUGAACUUACAAACACUCUAGCUACUUCAUUUGGAGUAACAAGCAGUGAAAAUAACAUAUACAGCAAGCACCCAAGGUUUGAUCUGUACAAGCAGAGGACUUCAAGAGAAGCAGAUCAAAAUGUCCGACGUCAAAAUAAGUUAAAACAGCAAAAAGAACGCAGAUGUAACUUCCAAAAUCAUGCAAGAGGUCUAGCGUUGGGGGAAUUUGAAGAUGAGGAAGAGGAAGAAAGUUUGGAAAUGGACGUGGAUCAGUCAAACAAAAAAGUUAAACGGUACAAAGACCAAUUGAUGUUAUCUGAGUGGUUGGUAGAAGUGCCCGAUGACUUUGAAUCUGAGUGGCUUAUGGUCGUAUGUCCAGUAGGAAAGCGAAACUUAGUUGUUGCGUCUCGAGGCAGGACGGUCUGUUAUUCUAAAAGUGGUUUCUGUAUCGAUACUUUCGCCUCAUGUUUGCCAGGUGGAAGUUACAGUACAAACUCUGGUUAUACAGUACUUGACUGCGUGUAUGUUGAAAUCAGUAAAACCUUCGUUAUUUUAGAUGUUAUGUGCUGGAACAGUCACCCAGUAUAUGACAGUGAAACAGAUUUUCGAUUUUUCUGGCUGAACAGCAAGUUCUCAGAAACAAAUGGUCUAACUAGCACUUCAAAAAACAAUACCUACAAAUUUGAAAUUCCCAAACGCCAUGAAUGCACAAAGGAUUCUAUAUUAAAAGGCGUGAAUGAAUCUGAUAUGAAUACAGUCGACGGUUUAUUAUUUUAUCAUAAAAGAACCCAUUAUACUUUUGGUUCUACUCCGUUAGUGACUUGGCUGAAAGUUGAAAUGCUGAAAGAUAUAUUAAAUAUAACACCAUCUAUCUCUCAACAGUGAAAGUUUUUUAUAGUUAAUAACAGAAAAUGCUAUUUCUGUGCGAAAUUUAUGAUUCAGGUUAAAUCCUAGCAAACUGUCAUGUAAAUUUCGAAAGUUUAGAAAUUAAAUGCUGUUUCAAACUUUUUGGGACCACUUUCUAAUAACUACUAUUUCAUUGUUACAG